AUGACGAAUCCAUCCCAGCUCUUCCUCCUCGCCGACCAUAUCAAGCUCUCUCUUCUCGAACGCCAACGCGCCAUCUCUCUUGACCUCGAACCCAACGCCCGGGAUGGCGAGAUCUCACGCUCUCUAGAGUCUCUCCACGAGGGCAUCCAAUCUCUAGAAGCCGAGCAGACCCGCCUAUCAGAUUCCCACGACAGCGCCGGGGUCGCAGCACUGCAAGAGCAGCUGGCCCCGCUUCUCGAGCAAUACCGCGAUCUCUCCACGCAGUUCUACGGACACUCCGCAGACAAGGACCCGGCGCAGGCGUCGGCCUCUGGGAGCCGGGAAGGCGCCUCGCCCGAUCUCAAACAACCCGUUCCACAGCAUCCGCCGUCGAAAUCCGUCCGGUUCAUGGACAGCUCCGCUGCGGCUGCUGCCGUGCAGGACGAAAUUGAUGAGGAAGAGGAGCGGAACCGCAACAGUCUCUUCCGGCCGUACCGGGAUGAGCCCUCGCCGCCCGGGGUUGACCAGUCCGCCAUGAGCAACCAGCAGAUCUACGAGCAUCACUCUCAGGUCAUGCGGGAGCAGGAUGAUCACCUAGACCGGCUGGGUGAGUCGAUCGGGCGGCAGCACCAGUUGAGUAUUCAGAUUGGUGAUGAGCUGGACGGCCACGUUGCGCUGCUGGAUGGCCUGGAUGCAGACGUCGAGCGACAUGCUGGUCGAUUGAAUACGGCGCGAAGCCGGCUGGACCGGAUUCGCAAGAAGGCGGGCGAUAACUGGAGCAUGAUGACCAUCAUUGGGCUCAUCAUCGUGCUGGUUAUCUUGAUUGCGAUCUUGAAAUAG